UAAACAACUUGCCAGUGAAGUUAGCAGGAGGAUACUGAGCCCAAAAGAAAGAAAAGGCUUCGUUAAAAAUAACUUUUUAUACACGUAUAUUUGCGAUUAUCCAGCCGCCGGGAUGUGAAGACCAUGGCAACGAUUAGUCGCGAGUCUUCGAAAGUCUCUGCAAGCGGAGCAUUCAUUUGGACAAGAUGAAAAUCCGUCCAGAACCCAGAGGCGGGGAGCAGAUCCAGUCCGCUGAGCUGAAAAAUGGGCGCAAGCGCUUCAAUUUCCUCCUGUAACAACUUAUCUUCAGUGAAAAUAACAAGACCCACCUCUAAAGUCUGCCCAGAACACAGCGUUUCUGGAGAACAACCACGGUGUGUCUUCGGUGUUACUUUGGAAAAACUAAAUGAGGAUGGGCAGAUGGUCAAUGGGAUACCGCUUGUCGUAAGAGACAUGGUGGAGUUCUUGGAAAAGUGUGGACUGCAAUGCAAGGGUCUGUUUCGCUUGUGUGGGUCGAUGAAACGUGUGAAGCGGCUGAGGGAACAGUUGGACCAGGGAGAGAGAGUGGACCUGGACCAAUUGGGGGACAUCACCAGUGUAGCUUCUCUACUCAAGCUCUUCCUGCGGGAAUUGCCCACUCCUUUAAUUCCUGAACCGUACCGCAGACAGAUGGUUCUCAGCCUAAAAGAGUACACAUGUGAGGAAGAGCUGAACCAGAGACUGGGAGAAACUCUUCGCGUCCUGCCUGAUUUCAACUUAAAUACUCUCACUUACCUCUCCCACUUCCUAGUAAAAGUGGCCUCCCAGAGUCAGUUCAACCAAAUGCCUGUGGAAAAUCUAGCUACCAUUUUUGGACCUUGUGUAUUUCAAAUUCCGGUAGGGCCCAGGAUCCUGGAGGAGCAGAGUGUGGCUAACACCCUGCUGCUCCACCUUCUCAGAUAUCAAGAAGAACUCCUUCCGUGCAAAGCAGAGAUCUUGAUGAACCCAUCCGCUACUUCUUCCUCGCCUCCUCCUCCUCCUCUCUCUGCUCUUUCACAUUUUGAGGUCCGACCCCACAGCUGUGACUUUGAGAAAAGCUGCAUGGACAGGUUGGAGGAAGAGAUCCCUUCAAUUUCUGGGAGCUUCAUUUCUGAACUAACUCUACAGAUGCGAUUACAACUCAGCAGACUGUUGCCAGUUUGUGAAAUCCGCUCUGACGUCAACACUGACAUUCAGGCGCUGACUGCAAACCGGGAGGUUCUGCGGGAAGGCAGGAUCACAACGGAAGCGGGCAGCGCUCCGUCCAAUCACGCUGACCUGCUGCCAGAGCGUCAGCCGUGGACCGCACAGCCUCUGAGCGCUCCGGGGGAACCUUCUGGAACGGCGCCUGCCGUGCAACGGAUUUUAUUUCAAACACCGCAGCCCAACACCAGAUCAGAGCUGAAACAGGAGGAAGUUUGCUCUUCUUCGGUUUCCAGCAGCAUCAGACAGAACUGGCCUCAGUCGGAUCUCUGGAUGUCGAGCGAAUCACAAAACGAAAUGCAAAUAAAGAGUCCGCACCCAGACAGAAAGCCUUGCCUACUGUGCUGUAUACAGUCCAAGACAGAAGAUGAAGGGACGGUGUCCCAGUAUGAGAAGAGCAGAGGAGGAGGAUGCUGUGGCCUCUCUGACAAAGAUAGCGACUGCAGAGCCUCAGACAGCUGCUAUGACACCCCUUCCCUCAAGCUACAAGCCCUGGACUCUAGACCCUCGUCAGACUCAUUAGACCCCUCGGCUCAGGAAAGCACGCCUGCGCAGCAGCAGCCAUUUCCCUCUGAAGGUCAUCGUUUGAACCAAACGCUGCCUCUGUCUGCGUCUCAGCAUCAGCUCAUGGUUGACUCAUCACGAGAAACACACCACUCACCUCCGUCUCUGUCAGAGUCUGGCUCCACUCUCUCCACCGACUCCGGUACGGAAGGACUUGUGAGAGAAGGCAGCUUGCCGAGCCCACCGCUCCCUCACUUGAGCCCACUCCUAUCUCGUUUUACCCCCGGUGAUUGCCCCGUCCCCUCGCCGCGCUGCCCGAGCCUCAGCCACAGCCUGCGGUACAACCUGGACCCCGACACGGCACCGUCGCCGCCCUGCUCGCAGCACAUACGCAUGGCUCGCUGCAGCGUCCCUGCAGCGCAAGAAGACGGUUCUGUGUCCGCGUCGGCGCUCAACAGACACAUUCACACACUCAGGAAGAAGAUCAGGCGAUUUGAGGAGCGAUUUGAACAAGAGAGGCACUACAAGCCAGCACAUAAUGACAAGACUUCUCAUCCAGAAGUGGCCAAACUGAUGAAGGAGCUCAUCAGGAGCCGCAAGCAGCUGAAAGAAAUGAAGCUCACACAGUCUGAAGAGUCAGGAGUGAAGGGACUCGGAGGUUUCAGUCCCUCUGGUGAAACCUGCAGGACCAGUGCAGAGCAGAGGGAGGCGGGGCCGACAGGAACUGAGCUUCAGCCCAUCAACAAUAACAGCAACGCCACGCAAAACUUGGAGGAAACGGUGAACCUGAUAACCAACCGACUGAGGGAAAGGAGGACUGAGCUGGGUUUGCCGGACAACAUCAAGGACAUGUCCAAUUUCCAGUUGAGUAUGGAGAAGACCUGCAUGCAGAAGUGUUUGCUGUACUUUGAGGGUCUGCACGGACGCCCAAUCACCCGGCAGCAACGGACUCUGAUGAAGCCGUUCUAUGAUCGGUACCGUCUGCUCAAGCAGCUGCUCUCUUCCGCUUCCACAGCAGCCAUUACAACCAUCGAGGAAGAGGAGGGUUCCGAUGAAGAGCACUUUAAGCAGCAAAGCUCCAGAGAGCGGCCACUUUGGUUAAAAACGCCGAGCUGCAGGUCAUCAGAGGAGCCCCAGUUCACAUCGCCUGCGGAAACGUCCGAGACGCCGGUGGUGUCUCCACUGGAUGAGGGGAAGACUUUCCAUGCACAGAUCAUCACUAUGGCAACACUGCAUGAAGCAUCCAGGCAAGAGUUACUGGAUCACCUCCGGAUGGUUCGAUUGGAGAAGCGACGGCUUCACCAAACCCUCCAACAGUUCGAAGACCGUUUCUACGCACAGACCGGCAGGGUCUGUCAGAAGGAGGACCGUGGACCAAUGGCGGAGGAGUACUGCCAGUACAAGAACCUCAAGGCUAAGCUCCGCCUACUGGAGGCUCUGCUCAGUAAACAAGACUCAACCAAAGCAAGUUGAGUUACUCACAGUGGGACUUUUUUUUUUGUUUCUUUUUUUUUAUUUAGCUCAACACAACUCUUUUUUUUUCCUUUUAAUUGCUUUGAUGCUGAUGGGUCUCAUUUCAUUCCAUGCUUGUAAUGUAAAUGCACUAUACAUGAAGAAGACUGAAUGACCAAAAUCGCUGACACUCUGAAUGAACACGGGGUCUGGAUCUGGUUUUUUUUUCUUUUUUCCCCAUCGUCAACCUUUUAGGACACUUUUUCAUAACCCUGUCUGUCGUAGCCAUUUCAGCACAGUUACCAUGUCAACAAUGAAGCAACCUUAGUUACAUUCAACUAAUUUGUGAAGACUUCAUGCAUAUUAUGGCACUUUACUACUCGCUUCCUUCCCUUAUACCAAAAAGAUUUUCCUUCAUCGUAGUUGAUGUGGAAACUGCGUUAUCAAAGUGCCGUUUUAUGGAGAAAAAAAACAAAACAAAACAAAACAAAAAACUGAAAUAAGCUUCAAUAUAAAUCAGCAAGACAAUCCAGCAGUGUUUGUGCAUGUCGGGGGUUUUUUGUCCUACAUUGUGCUAUGAUAUGCAUUCAUAUUUUCAUAUGUCAUCUAAACUAUGAUCAUCCGAUUUAGAUGUCGAUCUUGAAACAUAUGCAGUGAACGUAGACGUCAUAGUGCAAGUUGAGUUUGAAAUGGACUUUUUUCCCCCCUCUGCCUAUAUGAAGUCGCCUCCUCCCCUCGAAAUGUUCAUGUUGACAAAGAUAUGAGCUUUUGAGAUUGUGCACUUCUGGUUUAUAUAGUUUUCUAUGUAUUUAUAUCCGUCUAUAUAUAGAUAUCUAUAUGAGUGUAUCAAUAAAAAUAAAUAUUUUUUCACAUUUAUUCUGCAAAAAACA